AUGUCACAGUUAUAUUUUUUAAAAAAUGAAAAUGAAAAAAGAGAGUUCUUAGAAAAAAUGAAAUCUAACGGAUUCAGUCAACUUGAAAAUGCUGGAAAUGAGUUACAAAUUGGUAAAACAUUGUGGUUUAUAGAUGAUUUAAUAAAACCAAAUAUUUUAAUAUCAAUAAAAAUUAAUGUGGUAUUAGAUUCAAUUAAUUGGAGAAGGGGAUUUUUAUUACAAAAUUUUAAAAAUGAAAAUCUGGAAGACCUUAAAAGUAUUUUAUCAUUUAGGAAAAAAUAUAAUGCAAUUCAAAAUAAUUUAAAUGAGAAAAUAGAAAAUAUUUAUUUUGGUGAUAUUAAGGAUAAUAAAUUAAUAGAGUUAUUACAAAAUUCAUUAAAAAUUAGAGGAUUUAAAACAAAUAGUGGAGAGAAAAUGUCCGAAUAUAUAAUAAAACUUGAAAAUAUUGAUGAAAAAAUUUCCGAAUUAGAAAAAAUUAUUGAUAAAAACGUUGUACUUUUAACACUAAAUGAUAUUGAUUUUGUUAAUAAAUAUAAAAAUUAUAAAUCAGAAUUUACAUAUGAUGAAUUAAAAUGCUCUAUUGAGAGUGGUUUUUCAUAUGGAUAUAGGAUUAAAAAACUUGAUGAUUGUUGUGAAAAUGUAUUGGCUUCUUGGGGUGUAAUUUGGAGUGAUGGUCAAAUUGGAAAUUUUCAUACUCAAGAUAGAUUUUCUGGAACUGGUUAUGGUAAUCAAGUAAAAGCCAAAUUAAUUAUUUGUUUACUAAAAAAUAACAUAACACCAAUUAGCCACGUAUACGAUAAUAAUAAUUCAAGGAUUUUAAAAAAUUUAAAACUUGGAUAUUCAAAAACCAUUGGGGUAAGGUUCAUUGAUGCUAUUUAUAAUCAAAUUGAUUAA